AUGGAGUCGUCGUGCGAGCAGCACUCCAGCGCGUCCCACACGUUGUCCGCGUCCCCCCCGUCUUCCACAUUGCAAGAAGACGCGUCCAGCUCCACGCUCGCACUUCUUGCAGUCGCAGACGUGCCGUGCUCGUCUCCCAGCGACGCUGCAAACGUCGCGACUUUGGCCUUGGGACUCGAGCGAUGCGCGUCGGAGCUGCUGCUGUGGCUCGCGCGUUCGCCUCUUGCCACGUCCUUAGCAGACGAGGCGCUCUGGUUCUUCGAGACGCACCACCCCGAGCUCCUGGAUGAUCUGCCGCUGCUCUUUGCGUGGCUCUCGCUCUUCCUGGCGAAGCACGAGCGCUCGCCAAGUGUCAGUAGCGAGGCUUCGCGUGCCGAUCAUACAGUUGUAGAGCAAUUCGCUGCAUGGAAGAGCACCUUAACGCUGCUCUACUACAAGCACGAGAGUGAACGACAAGAGCGACCCGACGACUCAAGCCGCAGCAACUCAAGACGGAAGACGGUCGCGUUUCAAGCGGAGACGGAGCUCCUGCAGUGGGUUCUCGCUCGCCGUCACUUGAAGCUCACGAGACGCGACAUUCUGGACCACGUGAUUGAAGAGUAUCCGGUCUUUGCCGCGUCCAAGAGCGCCGCUGCACUCAAAGUGUGGACGUCGCGCUUCGUCAAGAAGCACAUUGGACCUCACGUGGACACAGGAGCGACGAAAGCUGUCGGUGAGACGGUACCAGACGUGCCGAUGGGGCGGACGGAGGCUGGUGAUAAUAAAAGUGCGACUGCUGCUGCUGAGGCUGAGCUUGUUGCAGCGUCGGAUGUUGAAGGAGGGACAUUGUUUUCACUCGAGAUGCAGACGCCUUUGGGGCUCGAGAUACUGGACACAAGUGCCGAUACUGGACUUGAGUUGGCAGCAAUGACUGGACGACGACACGCUGGCAAGCGACGGCCGUGUUCAGGACGCUACAUGCUGUUUUCGAACGAGUUCAAGCUGCGUGCGGUGCACAUGGUGGAACAAGGCAGAAGCGUGGCGGAAGUCGCGAAAGAAUUGGGACUCAAGAGCACCAAUUGCUUGAAUUAUUGGAGGAGUAUCCGUGACAAGCUUGUUACGGCCGAGCAAAAGCGAUUUCGGUUGGCUGGAGGAGGACGACGUAGUAGCUGUACGUUCGAGGACGAACUGCUCACGUGGGUCAGUCGACGUCAUCAGCAAGGUCAAGGCACUGAUGCCAAGGCUGUGUUGGAGUACAUGAAGCAGCAUCACUCGACCUUCACUGAAGGCAAAAAGGAGCCGACACUGCGCAAAUGGAUUCUGCGCUUUUUCAAGCGUUGUUGGAGAGCUCCAUGUCCAUCAAUGGACUCACCGGAUGCAGAGAAAGCAUACGUAUUUGUCUAA